UCGAUACCAUCGGCUAUAAUCUUCAUUUUUGGAAUAACUGGCAAUCUAGCUAUCAUCAUAACCAUGAUUCGAUAUCACAAAACUAAAAGUAAAGAACGUUUCUUUUGUUUAAUUGGCAAUCUAGCAGGAUACGACAUUUUCAUUCUACUCUUUUCAAUGACCCUUAAAAUGACAAAUUACUUUAUUACUUGGCCUUUUGGAUCAUUUCUAUGCCAUAUCUACAACGGCUUUCAAAGUUACUUUAUGGCUGGCUCUGCUAUCACAAUGACAUUUAUGGCACUAGAGCAUUACCGUGUUGUAAUCAAAGAAGUGAAUGCUUAUAGCAAAAGUAGCGGAAAAAUUAUUAUUACCGUAGUGAUAGCGCUAACAGCAUCUAUUUGUGCUUGUCCUAGCAUUAUCUAUUCCAAGUAUGUAUCUCACUCAGAAUCUUCAGUAAAAUGCUUCAUUCAAUUUUUUCAAGAUCUUAACCAAGAUAAAAUAGUAUGGCAAACUUAUCGAAAUUGUCGUUAUGUUAUUUUCUAUCUCUUUCCACUUAUUGUUGUUGUAACAACUUAUUUUCAAAUGUUACUAACAUUGAAUCGAUAUUCAAGGACGUCUUUGGCAGAAUAUCAUUUAACGAAGGUCAAAGAGCAGAAAAAUAUCAUGAAAAUGAUUUUAUAUACCAACGUAACAUUUGUCAUUUGUUGGACACCUUAUUUUAUGUAUGGUUUCAUUGUCUAUUUCAAUCAUACGGUUGAUGAUGGCAUACAACUACAUCGGCUAAUUCGAGUAGCUUGUGAACUAAUUGCUUAUAUCAACAGCGCUAUUCAUCCAUUUAUCUACGCUAAAUAU